AUUUAGGCCGGUUCUUUCUUCCACCUUUCCCCACUCCAUUAUUAGUCAAACAAAGCUGGACGCCAUCAUUUUAGAUUUCUUCCACCCAUCAUCAUACUCUCCUCCUCUAUAUAUAUCAUUUCCCAAUUCAUCCCCUCACACCCGCUAGAUCACAUAUUAACCAAUUCAAACCGGUGGUGGUGUUGUAUGCGUUAAAUAAUAAUCAUGUCAAACUGUAUCGAUAAAACCAUCACGAUCCGAGAAGUAUGGUCUCACAACUUACAAUCCGAGUUCGAUUUGAUCCGAUCCAUCAUCGAUAGAUACCCAUAUAUCUCAAUGGACACAGAAUUCCCGGGCGUUGUAUACCGUCGAUCACACAAGCAUCGUCGACCGUCGGAUCAUUAUCAGCUUCUUAAGUCAAACGUCGACGUUUUGAACCUCAUCCAGCUCGGUCUCACCCUCUCUGAUUCUUCCGGUAACCUUCCGUUUAUCCAUGGGUCCCACCAACGUUACAUCUGGCAGUUUAAUUUUUCUGAUUUUGAUGUCACGCGUGACGCCCACGCGCCCGAGUCGAUUGAGUUGUUGAGGAAUCAAGGGAUUGAUUUUGAACGGAACCGGGUUGAUGGGGUUGACUCGGUUGAGUUUGCUGAGUUGAUGAUGUCAUCCGGGUUGGUGUGUAAUGAGUCGGUGAGUUGGGUGACGUUUCACAGCGCGUAUGAUUUUGGGUAUUUGUUGAAGAUUCUCACGCGCCGUCGUCUGCCGGAUGGGUUGCCGGAGUUUUUGGAGAGUUUGAAGGUGUUUUUUGGGGAUGAUGUGUAUGACGUGAAGCAUUUGAUGACGUUUUGCAGGACCGGGUUGUAUGGUGGGUUGGACCGGGUGGCGGGUCUUUUAGAAGUGAACCGGGUUGCUGGGAAGUGCCACCAGGCCGGUUCAGAUAGCUUGCUGACGUGGCACGUUUUUCAAAAGAUGAGAGACUUGUACUUCGUCGAUGUUAUGCCAGAAAAAUAUUCCGGCGUGUUGUAUGGUUUAGAAGCUUAUUAAUUACAUUUAAUUCUUUGGGGGGUAUAUUGGUAAAUUAGCUGUUAGCUAAUCAAAAUCUAAUUCAUUUUUAUUCAUCUUAUCAUAUAUCAUCAUUCAUGGAUG